AUGAUACUUAAUCACACACUCCCUAAUGAGUUGAUAGAAGAAAUUCUGUUAAAGUUGCCAGUGAGAUCUCUUUUACGUUUCAAAUGUGUGUGUAAGUCAUGGCUCACUCUUAUUUCCAAUUCCAAAUUUGCAAAAUCACAUUAUGACAUUGCUGCAGCACCCACCCACCGUCUUCUUGUACAACCAAAUAAUGAAGGUUAUUUAGGAUCCAUAGAUAUAGAGGCACCACUUCAUGAUCAUUCUGCUCAAGUAUACCUCACUGGUCCCAAGUCAUCAUCCCCUUUCACUAGUCCAGAAUGUCUUCGACUUUGGGGUUCUUGCCGAGGGUUUAUACUUUUAAGAUAUCUAUAUAAUCUCAUUCUAUGGAAUCCCGCAACCGGUUCCCAAAAAUCAAUACCUUGCUAUCACGAUUAUUCAGGGUACAAAAAAUUUCUAUAUGGUUUCGGAUACGACGCAUCAAGGGAUGACUACUUGGUAAUUACUGGUGUGGGAUUGAAAAAUGUGGGAACUCACAUGUGUUCUUUCUCCCUGAAAACCAAUUCAUGGAACAAAAUUGAGGGUUUGGAUUUUCCAUAUCUGGAUCACGGGGGCAAAUCCAGAUGUGGGUUACUCUUGAAUGGGGCUCUUCAUUGGAUGGCUGUAUCUCAUAAAUUUGAUAGUGUGAUUUUGUCCUUUGACUUGAAAGAGAGGAGUUUAUCUGAGAUUCCUUUGCCACUUGAAUUUACAAAUGAAUCAUUAUUUGAAAUUUGUUGUUUGGUGGUGAUAGAAGGAUGUCUUAGUCUGUGUUCCCCGGCAGGGCAGAAUGGUGCACUGGUUUGCUGGGUGAUGAAAGAAUACAAAGUGCAGUCAUCUUGGACAAUGUCCAUUUUUAAGUCUAAUUGUUACACUGGUUGCGACCCUCCUUUGCCGAUUUGCUUCACCGAAGGUGGUGGAAUUGUUGGAUCGUUUGCCUCUGGAAAAUUAAUGAAACUUGAUGACAAAAGAGAGCUGCUUGAGAUUUCCACAUAUACAGUGAGGUUUUUCAAGGCAAUGAAAUAUGCAAGAAUUUUACACGAUGUCUCAGCUUUCCUACAAAUGAUGACACUGCUAGCCGAAAGAAUGACGUCAUUGCUGAAAAAUGAAAAUCUUUCAGAAGAGGAGAUCCAAGGUUUGAAGGCAAUGUUUACAAAUAUGGAUACUGACAAUAGUGGUACAAUCACCUAUGAGGAACUGAGGGCUGAUGUAGAUGGAAAUGGCACAAUUCACUACAUAGAAUUCAUCACUGCUGCAAUGCAUAGACACACGUUAGAAAGAGAUGAGCAUCUUGACAAGGCCUUCCAAUAUUUUGAAGCACAUGAAUAG